AAAUACUUAAUUAACGUAUUUUGCAACAUGACUUUAACUAUGACAAGAAAAGUUAGUGAAUGCCAAGCUGAAACUGUAGAAUUUAUGCCAAUACCAAAAGUAAACGAUGACUGCAAUCAAGAAAAAGAAUACUGUCAAACUAGUACAUUGCUCAGACGGGGUAAGAAACUGCAAGAUAACAACAACCUCACAGAUGAAGACGUGGAGUAUAUAAAUUAUAGAAAACUAUUAAAAUAUGAGGAAGCACCUGUGUACUUGCAACAUAAUCCUUUUAUAAGGGAUGGCUACAGAAAACUUCUACCAACCAAGCUCUGCUGGGAAAGCAUAUUCUGGUGGACUAACGAAACUAUGAACAUAUGGACGCAUAUAUUUGGCUUCUUUUUGCUUCUGUUCUUGACUAUCAACGACCUGGUUAUCAUAAACAUCCACGCGACUAUGGCUGACAGGACCGUAGCUGCUAUACUGUUUUCCUGUUUUCUUAUAUGCAUGGCGCUGUCGGCUCUGUACCACACGUUCUCCUGCCGGUCGGAGCACGAUUACAACACGUUCCUCAUGUACGACCUCUUUGGCAUUGCGCUCUCUUUGCUAGCGAUAUACACUUCCGGCGUCUACUACGCGUUUUGGUGCCAUCAUGAGUUGAAAACCUUCUACAUGAUAUCAGUGACACUGAUAUUCACGUUGGCGAUGGUGCUUCAGAUCCCCAGGCUUCAAGUUCCUUAUUUAGUGAAGAUGUUCGUCUUCAUAGGCUGGGCGGCGUAUGGUGUUCUACCUACGUUACACUGGACUUAUGUUAUGGGAGGUUUCGACAAUCCUAUGGUGCAGAUCUUCUUUCCUCGAGUAAUAGGGAUGUAUGUUAUCAGCGGUACAGCGUUUGCAAUAUACGCCUUCAAGAUCCCAGAGCGCUGGUUUCCAGGCAAGAUGGACUAUAUAGGUCACUCGCAUCAAUGGUGGCAUAUCUUAGUCCUAGGAGCGCUCUACUAUUGGCACAACUCCGCUAUGAUCUACGUACAGUACAGAAUGAACCACGGCUGUGCUAACACUAUGAGAAUAUUCUAG